AUGAAGAUUGGAAGUUCAAUUGUGAAUCAAUGUUCACUCUUUAUCUAUAUGGUAUGUGUUGCAGUGCUUUUCAUGAUAUGGUCACUUCCUACAUCUUUAAGUGUACAACCGGUUUCUGAAAAUACUUUUGAAGGUUCAUCAUCACUGCAUUCUUUUACAGAGAUUACUGUUCCCUUGCCUGAGAACACAUCUUCCCUUGAUGAGUCUCUGCCCUACAUUCCACACAGUACAGUACAGACAUGGAAGGAGAGGGACUACCUCAUUGUGUUUGGCAUCCCAUCUGUGGACAUUGAUGGAAGGCGGAGACGCCGUUAUCUGCAGCGGACUACGUGCUGGCAGUUCCCUGGUGUUGCACGGAGGGCGAAUAACUUCACUGGGGCCAUGUUGGUGUUGUAUGUACUUGCACGGCACCCAUCAAAGGGAUAUAAGUAUUCUGAGUCACUACUGAAGGAAGUGGCAGAGUAUCAUGAUAUUAUUACACUGCCUAUAAAUGAGGGACGGUCCAGUACUAACAAAACAAUUGGUCGUAAUGGUUACUGGGGUACUGAAGCUGAAGUGGGUAUGGGUCGAAAAGUAUUUAUGUGGUUUGAGAAAGCACUAAAGUUAUUCCCUCAUGUAAGCUUUAUUGCCAAGGGAGAUGAUGAUAUAUUCUUACGUGUACCUCAGUUCCUUUAUCAGUUAGAGAUGCUUCCACGAAAUGGAAUGUAUUGGGGAGCCAUUUAUGCGGCGAAGACUCGAGACUUUGAUAUUCCUAUAAAGUAUCGAUUUGCGUUAGGGCCAUGCUAUACUCUUUCCCGUGAUGCUGCAGUUCAAUUAGUUUCUUAUUUACCGGUAAAACGUUUGGUAUAUCUUCCCUAUAGUGAGAAACGGCUUGCGGAGUAUGCAGCCAAUUAUGUAAAUUCGGAAGAUAUGAUGGUGGGCUAUAUUCUUCGGAAAAGUAAUUAUCAUAAUAAAUUAGUGUACUUUAUGGAAAGACGAUGUUCAUUUCAUGAUGUACAUGAAGGUGUGCGACCGGAACCGGUGAGAAGAACCUCUAUGAUGAUUCAUCAUUUAUGGGAGAGUGAGUAUAAAGAGUUUAUGGAAAUGUUUGGAAAUGACACCAAUCCUUUACGGAGAAUUUGGAAGAAAAUUGCAAGAGGGCGUAUUGAAUUUUAUUGUCGAUGA